CACAGCGUCACUUCAGAAACAACAGAGGAAAAGACGCACUUGGGCCAAACCCAUCCGCAGCACUAGGAGAAGAUGUCCGAGCCCAAGUACCGAGACUGGAUCCUUGAAACAAUUGACUCUCUUCGCUCAAGAAAAGCCCGUCCGGACCUCGAGAGAAUUUGCCGAAUGGUCCGGAGACGACAUGGGUCAGACCCGGACCGAACCAGGACAGAACUGGAAAAACUGAUUCAGGAGCAGACGGUGCUCAAAGUUAGCUACAAGGGGUCCAUAUCCUAUCGAAACGCGGCGAAGGUGCAGAGGAAAAGCAGAAAGAAGAGUGAGUUUACGGCCGCUGGCAGCAGCGGCGCGGAGGCAGCGAGGGAGCGGACCAAACACGACCAUCUGCACAACAACGGCGACAGUGCGCACAGCUUCACGGACCAAGAGGAGGGAGAGGAGGGGGAGCCCAGCCCAGAUCCCCAGACACAAACAUCAGCCAGCACCACCGGCAAGAAACACAAGCUCCCCUCCAGCCCGAGUAGCGGAAACGGGUGCCUCAGUUGUGGCGCAACAACGGGCUGCGCUGUCGGGAGCGGCUGUAGAGAGGAGAAAGCAAGUGCAUCGAGAGACAAGGGAUUAGGACACCAGGCAGGGGGUGACUGCCCGUCGCCCAGUCACGGUCACAGAAUAAGCGCACACGACGACGGUGUUGCCAGUAGAGUAACAUCAAGCAAAAGCAAUGCGAUUCGAGGAGUAAAAGAAACGGGCUUAUCAGGGGCUGACACGAAGAACAAAACUUGCCCCGGGAGCGUCAUCUCCAACGACAGCAGCCUCCCUCAAAGGCAGAAGCACACAGUGCCGCUCAAACCCAAACUCCGAGUCGGAGGAGGGGGAACCAGAGCAGCGGGGAACCAAGCCAACUCCGACCUGGGCGACAGAUUGGUGGCUUCUGUUCGCAGCCUGUCCGAAAGGAGCCUCCGGGGGGGCUGCGCUGCCGCGGCCAGAGGCCACAUGAAACCGCUUGGGCUGAAGGAGAUUUUGGGCUAUCUGAGCAGCCAGGAGCGACUCUCGGAGGAGAAGCUGACGCGAGGCAAAGUCAAAGUGGUCCUGGAGAAGGAGGUGGCGAGGGGCAGGCUGCGCAGGACCCGCUGCGGGAACAUCACUCUUCCUCUGAGGGGGAUGGUGGUGGAUGAGCCGAUGCCGAAGGAUGCGUCCGCUGACAGACUUGUGAAGAGCGCACUGCAGGACAGGCACACUGUGAAAAAGGAGAAUGAGCCAGUGGAAACAGAAAGUGAAGAGGACCAGGAAGAGAAUGAGGAAGAGGAGGAUGAUCCCCAGAGUUCCGAUGAGGAGGGAGGACUAUCCCUGGUAGCCAUGACAACCGAACCAGACCUCAAUGGUAAAAGCACAGAAGAUGCUGAAAUCCAGACAGCAUCAAAGGAGAGCCCCGAACAUCAGCACCAUUAUGGCAAAGGUGUGUCGGGGCUGAACUCCCACACCAGUGUGUCGUGUCCACCAGUUCAGGGAGGUUCGCUGUCAAACUGUAAGAGUGCACACUUGGAGGAAAGUGCUACACCUCCUGAUCAGCUACACAUAGAUGCACAUGAUCAGAUGCAACACGAGGGAAGGAGCCAUACCUCCUCAGGCUUCAACAUUUUGGACUGUAAGGCAGUAGGUGUGUCCUCCUGUCUGCUCACACCCACUGCCUCCCCGAGAGACUCCACUUUCUCUGAAGAACGAGGGCUAAAUGGGGGAGUUAACAGAGGAGUGUUUAUGAAGGCUGAGGGGGUCAGUGUAAGCCCAGUGGACUGGACAGUGUCUGAUGUGGUCAGUUAUUUCACAGCUGCAGGAUUCCCUGAGCAGGCCGUUGCCUUCCGGACUCAGGAAAUUGAUGGAAAGUCUCUUCUCCUGAUGCAGCGUAAUGAUGUUUUGACUGGCCUGUCAAUCAGGCUUGGCCCCGCCCUCAAGAUCUAUGAGCGCCAUGUAAAAGUUCUGCAGAAAACACACUUUGAGGAUGAUGACUGCUAACUACACACAUAUGCAUAAAACACACACUCACACACACACACACACACACACACACACACACACACACACGAACACACACACAGUUAUGCCUAUAUUCAGAUAUAGCUAAAUAAGCGUAAAAUAAUGCAUGUAUGAUGAACACCUCUCUACUCAUUCAUCUCAUGUCAUACAAUACAAAGAAAUACACACACCUCCAUUCCUCUCUAUUGCUCUUGCUCCUCUUUAAUCUGCCCUGGUCCCAGUAGGACAGACAUAAAAGUGACUUGAUUUCCUGGACAGUAUGGAUUUUCUACCAAAUAGAGCACAAAGGAUUGAAGGAGAAAUGGUGAACAAUAGAAAAACGACAGAAAACAGACAUUUAAGUUUGCAGAGGUUCAAAACAGUCAUGCAAUUUUGUCUUUUCCACAGUCAUGAGCGAGCACUUUGCAACUUUUCAAUGAAACUCCAAGAUGGGCCUCCCCAUUGGCACGGUUAUAUUGCGUUGAUCUUUAUGCACAUCUGUACUUUGACGGAGGCUGC